AUGACGGGGUGUAUUUUACAUUCUGAAACUCGUGGGCUUGAAAGUUUCCCUCUUUUUAUUGGAGUUUCUUACAUUGAAAUAAGUUCAUAUAUUGUGGUCAACUCUGAUAAGAGUUUUGAUCUUGCAUACUCUUCAACUGGGUUUACGUUUAGUUCAAUUCCAACAGAUAAGUUUACUCUUCUUCAAAGUGGGCAUUUACUGAGAUACGGUACGUCGACAGCUGUUUACUGUCAUCUGAAUGGAAGUGUGAUAAACUCGUCGAGUACAUUUCUUGAAGAUUGGUGUGGAGAGUGUGACACUUCAAAUUGUUUCAUUACAAUACAAUCUUAUUUAAAACUGGUUACUGUCGACUUACUAUCACAAAUUUCCGAGUCAAAUUCAAAGAGAGAUGGUACAACUUUGGAUGAAAAUAUCAUUUUGAUUCAUAACAAGAAAAUUUCAAUUGGACUUGUUGGUGAUGGGUUUAUAUUAAAUAUCAAGUCAGACGGUCUUGUUGAAAUAACAACAGGAAACAUAACAAAAAAGAUAUUUAUAGUGUCUGAUUCAAAAUUUCUGUUCGAAAAUACUCUGUGCCAAAUAUUAUACAUUGAGAAUGGAAUUGCGAAGUGUAUAAAGGGAAUACAAUGCGAACAAGGAGGUGCUGACUUGUUGAGUGGAUUGUGUAGAAGCUGUAAAGAAUCGAGUUGUCUCAUUUGCACUGAUUCAAAAGACAACUACAAAUGUGAAAAGUGCGGAGUUGGAUAUAUAAAUUUCAAUGGAACUUGUGUCGACGACUUUCUCUGUGAAGAUAUAGAGAAUGGGCGGUGUAAAAAGUGUACAUAUGGGUAUGUUGUUGGGUCAAGUGGGUUAUGUGAAGAACCGACAGACAAUUGUCUUGAAAAAAAAUCAACAGAAUGUGUUGAAUGUUUGUUUGGGACAAUUCUUAAAGAAGGUAAAUGUGUAAGUAAAUCCGAGGGGGAUGCAAUUGUAACUGGCAACAAAGUAAUUUCAUGUAACAGUGGGUUUUAUCUUGAAAAUAACAUCUGUAAAGAGUGUGAGUCUUUAUACACAGCAAGUUCAUUAUGUGGAAUAAAAUAUGUUGAAUCGUGUAAAGAUGGGUACAAAUUGGAAGAAAAGAACAAUUGUGUUCAAAUUGAAUGUCAAUUAGGAGAGGUCAAAGAUUCGAAUGGAAAUUGCACAAAAAUUAUUGAUAAAUGUAUCACAAUUGAAAAUGGAAUGUGUAUUGAAUGUGAAAAGGGGAUGAUUUUGGAUAACUGGAACAAUAAAUGUAUAACAACACAAUUAAAUGGCAAUUGUUCGAUCAGUGGAUCACUUGGGUGUUAUCGAUGUAUUGACGGGAAGUUUUUGAAUGCCGAGAGUGGUAUUUGUGAUGACUGUGGAGGAAAUUGCUCGAGUUGUUUUGGAGAGAGUACAAAGUGCACUGCAUGUAAAGAUGGGUACUUUUUGAGCAACAACGCGUGUGUGACAAAUGAAGAACUGCUUGAAGUGUGCAACAAGAUUUCAGCAAUCACACGUGGGUGUGUAGAAUGCAGAGAUGGGUAUUACAGAAAUGGGACAGAUUGCAACAAGUGUGAUGUGAAGUGUGCGACAUGUAACACAAAAGAGAUAUGCCUGACAUGCAACUCAACCAACUUUUUGACGUCUGACAAUGAGUGUGAGUCGCGAAGCAAUAUUGUUGGGUGUGGUGUUGAAGUGACUAAAAAUGGGUGUGCAAAGUGUGUUGAUGGUUAUUUCACAUUCAAAACAAAUCAGUGCAAGAAGUGUGUUGGGUGUGCGAGUUGUGUUUCUGAGACUGUUUGCACGUCAUGUGAUGACAGUCAAAUACUUCAUGAAACUUCCUGUGUUGACGUGGUAAUGGUGAAGAAUUGUGUUGAAGUGAAAAAGUCGAAAUGCACAAAGUGUACAUUCUGGCAUGAGGCAUCAGAAAGUGGUGAAUAUUGCUACUUAAAGGCGGUGUGGUGGGUUUUCUUUAUUUCAUCACUUAUUUUUGUCAUCAUACUAGUUGUUGCAUUGGUCAUCAUCGUUUUGUCUGUCCAGUAUUUUGUCGAACGGUCUGCAAUGAAAUCAUUAGAGGCAAAGGUAACAACUUUUAAUAUGGAACGAUCGAACGUGAAAUUUGUGAGUCUUCAUGGUGGUGUCUGUGUGAACACGAAAGUGGUUGAUUUCAACACUGACAUUGAAGAGAUCGGAGUUUGUGAAGAAACGAGACAACUGUUGUGUGUUGGCAAUUUGAGUGAACGUGCGAUGAAGGUGCAGAUGUCUGUGAAUGCGUGUGAUGAACAGUUUUCACUUCGGAUUACGCCGAGUGUUGUGACAAUCCACAAAGGGUGUGCCUCUGAAUUUGAACUGUUUCUGACGCCAAAUUACACAACAAAGAUAAACACAACAAUAGCACUUGUCACAAAGUCGAUUGAGAGUGGCGAUGAAACAGUCAACAACAUCAACAUGAAGGCAAACACAGAGGUGACAACGCGUCUUGAUCCAAACGAACUUGAAGAAGAGAAGCAGAUUGGUGAAGGCUCAUUUGGUGUUGUCUUUAUUGGGACAUUCAGAGGUAACAAAGUUGCGAUCAAGAAGUUGAAACAGACAGAAAGCCAUGUGAUACUUGAGAGUGAGAUUGACGAGUUUGAGAAGGAGGUGCAGAUGCUGGACAAGUUCAGAAGCGAGCACAUCGUCCACUUCUAUGGUGCUGUAUUUGUAUCGCACAAGAUAUGUAUUGUGACUGAGUUUGCAAAACACGGCAGUUUGAUGGAUUUGAUCAAGAAGACAAAUCAAUGCAACGUCGAGAAAAGAACACGCGUCAAAAUUGGAACAGACGCAGCACGUGGCAUCCAAUACCUCCACAGAAACGGGAUCUUACACAGAGACAUCAAGCCAGACAACAUCCUUGUUGUGUCGAUGGACUGGAACGACAGCGUCUUUGGGAAGCUGACCGACUUUGGGAGUGCGCGAAACGUCAACAUGCUGAUGACCAACAUGACAUUCACAAAGGGCAUCGGAACACCCAUUUACAUGGCACCAGAAAUCCUAAACCAGGAGAAAUACAAGAAAGAGGCAGACAUAUUUUCUUUUGGUGUUACGCUGUAUGAGUGCCUCUCUUGGAGCUUGGCUUAUCAACCGCCUCAAUUCAAAUUUCCAUGGGAAAUCGCAGACUUUGUGAACAACGGUAAAAGACUCAAACAACACGCGUCAAUCCAAAACCACGAGUUUGGGCUUAUUGUGAAAAUGUGGGAACAAAACCCGUCGAACAGAUUCAAUAUUGAUCAAGUGGUCGAAUGUUUUGAGCAUUUUGAAUUAUAA